CAAGGAUGACUAUCAGUACCAAUCUAUCCGGAAAUUUAGUUUUUACUUUCUAACCAAUACAAUAUAAUAGCUUUUUAUUUUUUGUCAUAAAUACUAAUUUUUCAUGCAUGUAUCACACAAAUUGAAUAUAAAAAAACAAUCUUUAACUUGAAUAAAUUAUAUAUUUAUUGAAGAAUUAAUUUCAUUAUGUGCUAAAGGUUGGUAGCCUUGUAAUUCGCGACGCACUAGCAUACCAGUCAUGCGUGAACGUCACUCAGUCUUUAAUAUCAUUUGACAUAAAUUUCGUUGGACUUAAAUAACUUCUUUCAUUUUAUAAAGAAUAAUAUAUUAUGGGUUGCGAUGGUGGAACUAUUCCCCGUAGGGACGAACUUGUAAGAGUUAAGAAGAAGCCAGAACAGAAAGACAAGGAGGCAGAAUUGGCGUUUAAAUGGAGACAUUGUUCAAUAAAACAGUUACCAUUACAAUCACCAGUAGUUGGUUGUGCUUUAGGACGUCUUUACAGCAAAGAAUCUGUAUUGGAAGGCCUCCUUGACCGAAGUACACUCCCAGAAUCAGCACAACAUAUUAAGAGUUUAAAAGAUGUGAAAAACUUAAAUCUAACAAAAAAUCCAGUAUUUGAUGGUAACAAGGCAAAAAAUGGUGAUAGUUAUACAGAAGGCAGAAGUCCUUAUAUCUGCCCAGUUAUUGGGUUAGAGAUGAAUGGUAAAUACAAGUUCUGCUUCUUGUGGUCAUGUGGAUGUGUAAUGAGCGAACGUGCACUUAAGGCAGUCAAGAGUACAAUAUGCCACCAAUGUCAACAACCUUUCACCAAGACAGAUGUUGUUAUUAUAAAUGCAGAAGGUGAUGAUUUCAAACUAAUGGAAGAAAAUAUGUUGCUUCGAAAAACAGUUCAAAAAAAGGCAAAAAAACAGAAAAUUAGUGAAGAUAAUCAAACUCCAGAAAUUAAGCAAGAAGAAGUACCAAAAAAGAAAGCUAAAAAGGAUGAUAAAGCUGCUAGCAUUAAAGUAAAUAACAGAUGUGAAGCUGAAGAUCCAGCAUAUAAAAAAGUUAAAGACAAUUACAGUGUUGCUAAAGAUCCCAAAGCAUCAGAAGUAUUUAAAAGUAUUUUUACUACUCACAAAUCUGCGGUAGAGCAAGAUAGAGCACAUUGGAUUACAUAUAAUCCAUUUUACAAUUAAAAUAUAAUUGUAAUAUAAAAGAUUUUGGAAACAUCAUUAUACAAAUAGGGAACAUUAUGUACAAGUAGAAAUAAUUACAAUACAUUAUAAUGUUUUUGUAUCAUUAGUUUUAUAUAUAAAAACAAAUCAUUUCAUUAUA